AAACAACACUCCUUUUCACUCGACAGGCUGCGUCAGUCAACCACUUCCUCAUUUCAACUAAAAAGUUUUCGGGUGAAGAAAUUGAUUGCUACUUUGUAUCUCUGACAUUUCAGAUGAUCAGACACUGUAGUUACUCACUCCGUUGAUAUUAUUACUUGAUAGCUAAGACGCUACAUUGUAGCUACUACUUAAUCGCGUUGGAAGAGGUCACAAGAAAAUAAACAUGGACAAUACUGGUUUUCCUAGGCAAAAAACAAUCAAGCUUGUGAUAAAAACACCUAAUCAAGCCCACGGGGAUCAAACGAUUGAAGGAGUUGACAUGGACUGGUCAGUGAAAGAGUUGAAGACACAUUUGUCGAGAAUGUACCCAAACAACCCGGCUGAAAGUGAUCAGAGACUAAUUUACUCUGGCAAGCUGCUCCCAGACCACCUGCAUGUAAGAGAUAUUUUCAGAAAGACAGACCUAACACCCACUGUGCACCUGGUGUGUGCAGUAAGGACUCAGCCUAUAGGUCCACUAGGAGCAAGACCAAAGGUCAGGGAAUCAGAGCAGCAAGAGGCACAAACAUCGGCCAUGCCUACCGGUCAGAACACAGAGGGUGCCUCCCGAGCCCCAUCUGUGCCCACUGAACUAGAACUGAGACAGCGCAGGCCCCCUGCCCCCUCUCACACCCCACCAGCAGCUGCAUGGCCUGGCACUACAACUCUAGUGGCAGCAGAGAUGACAAACCCAACCUUCCCCACUUACUCCCUCUACAGCCCUCAACAGCUUCUCUGGCUGCAGCACAUGUAUGCUCGCCAGUACUACAUGCAGUACCAUGCAGCCUACGCAGCAGCAGCAGCAUCUGCCCCCUUUGCCCCAGCCGCCGGAUCCCUGCCUGUCGCACCCCACCAAGCCGCUAUCCCAGCAGCCCUGCCAGCCAAUCAGAAUGCACAGGAUGCCGCCUUCAUCAACCCGGGAGCAGCCAAUCAGAACCUGCGGAUGAACGCCCAGGGCGGACCUGUGAUGGAGGAUGAGGAGGAUAUCAAUCGGGAUUGGCUUGACUGGGUGUACACGGCUGCACGUCUGGGUGUCUUCCUCAGCAUCGUCUACUUCUACUCCAGUCUGAGCCGCUUCGUCCUGGUCAUGAGCAGCCUCCUCCUUAUGUACCUGCACACAGCAGGCUGGUUCCCCUUCAGGAGAAGGCCCCUGGUCAGAGGUCCCAACAACCAGGUCCCCGAGGUCAUCCAGAACCACCAGGACAGGAACCCAGUUCCACCUAUGGAGGACCCUGCAGGAGAAGAGGGGGCCAGGGCGGAGGCUGAGGUUGAUGAACCACACCCGCUAACUGCAGUGCUGGUGCCUCCACACAGGGUGUCCAUCGUUUGGACUGCCUGGAUCUUUUUCAAAGCCUUCUUUGCCUCCCUCGUCCCAGAGGCCCUAGCAGUGGCUAACUGAAUGAUCAACCUUUCCAGCAGGGGGCACACUGGUGCUGAAUUUACCCAGAGUGUUAGACUUGCCUCUGUCACGGGAAGUCCUCCUUCUUUGGACCUCUGGAUAGUAGAUGCCUGGACUAUUUGUGAGAAAUCCUGAAUGAUUUAGGGCUUCAAUGCAUACAAAUCCCUGCCUGUAGUCUGUUGUGUGUGUUUAGGGAUAUGGUGGUUCAUUCGGCACUUCCUGCCUUAUGAUAGUGACCAAAUGGUUGUAUAUGCAGUAUAGUACAUACACUUCUCGCUGCCAAAUGGUUGUAUAUACUGUAAAUGAGUAUUGGAACAAAAAAUGUAGAUAUUAUUCUAUUGUCUGUGUAACAGUGUUGGUUAUGUUUCCACUUGACACUGCAGAAACCUGUAUUUUGAUUGUGUAUUCCUAUUAGUUGGUUAAAUUUACAUAUCAGUAAGUUGUUAUGCCAUUGGUCAUGCUUGCAGAUAGGGAGAGAUCGCAAACUUCAAUUCUUUCCAGUCUGUUAUUGACAUUCAGGUGGUAGGCCACGUUCUGAAAUUACUGUAUUACUGUAUAUACAAUGUUUAGGAGUUCACUAUGUACAGUACCUGUCAAAAGGUGAGGCACACCUACUCAUACAAAGGUUUUUUAUUUUUGAUAUUUUCUACAUUUUAGAAUAAUAGUGAAGACAUCAAAAUUAUGAAAUAACACACAUGGAAACAUUUC